GUUGGGGAGAGAGGCGAGAGGGAGGGGGCGGUGCCCAUUCUACAGCGGAGCCGGAUGUUUGCCGAGCUUUGACAGGCGUGGCAGAGGGAGCAGCGCCGGACCACGGUUUCUCUUUAGGUUCUGUGGGAGACAGGCUUGACCAUGGACCCGCUUUCAGAGCUGCAGGAUGACCUGACCUUGGAUGACAGCAGCCAGGCUCUGAACCAGCUGAAGCUAGCCUCCAUUGAUGAGAAGAACUGGCCCUCGGAUGAAAUGCCCGAAUUUCCCAAGUCAGAUGACUCCAAAAGCAGCUCCCCAGAACCUGCCACACACCUGAAGUGGGAUGACCCUUAUUACGACAUCGCCCGGCACCAGAUUGUGGAAGUGGCAGGAGAUGACAAGUAUGGGCGGAAGAUCAUUGUGUUUAGCGCCUGCCGAAUGCCCCCGAGCCACCAGCUGGACCACAGCAAGCUCCUGGGGUACCUGAAGCACACGCUGGACCAGUACGUGGAGAGCGACUACACGCUGCUCUACCUGCACCAUGGCCUGACCAGCGACAACAAGCCGUCCCUCAGCUGGCUCCGGGAUGCCUACCGGGAGUUUGACCGCAAGUACAAGAAGAACAUCAAGGCCCUGUACAUCGUGCACCCCACCAUGUUCAUCAAGACCCUGCUCAUCCUCUUCAAGCCCAUCAUUAGCUUCAAGUUUGGGCAGAAGAUCUUCUAUGUGAAUUACCUGAGUGAGCUGAGCGAGCAUGUGAAGCUGGAGCAACUGGGGAUCCCUCACCAAGUGCUUAGGUAUGACGACUUCCUGAAGUCCACUCAGAAGAGCCCUGCAACAGCCCCCAAGCCCAUGCCACCACGGCCGCCUCUGCCCAACCAGCAGUUUGGGGUCUCACUACAGCACCUCCAGGAGAAGAACCCAGAGCAGGAGCCCAUUCCACUAGUGCUCCGCGAGACCAUCGCCUACCUGCAGGCCCAGGCUCUCACCACCGAGGGGCUUUUCCGGAGGUCCGCCAACACCCAAAUUGUACGGGAAGUGCAGCACAAGUACAACAUGGGGCUGCCUGUGGACUUCAACCAGUACGACACGCACCUGCCAGCGGUCAUCCUCAAGACCUUCCUCCGGGAGCUUCCAGAGCCCCUGCUCACCUUUGACCUCUACCCCCACGUUGUGGGCUUCCUCAACAUCGAUGAGAGCCAGAGAGUGGAGGUGACGCUGCAGGUCCUCCAGACGCUGCCUCAGGAGAACUACCAGGUGCUUCGUUUCCUCACUGCCUUCCUGGUGCAGGUGUCUGCCCACUGUGACCAGAACAAGAUGACCAACACUAACCUGGCUGUCGUCUUCGGCCCUAAUCUGCUGUGGGCCAAAGAUGCUGCCAUCACUCUCAAGGCCAUUAAUCCCAUCAACACCUUCACCAAGUUCCUCCUGGAUCAUCAAGGGGAGUUGUUCCCUAGCCCUGACUCCUAGGGGCUCUGAGCCCGGCCCCGGCCCCACCAGCCCCCUUCUCUGAUAGCCCCCGUUUGGACUCUUCCUCCUGGCGUCAGCCUUAUAGGAGCCCAGGGCUCCUGCCCUGGAAGGGCUCCUGAGGCCCUGGGACACGGAAGCAGGAGCCAGCCAACUGGGCAGCUUCUCCGCCCCUUCUGUCCAGCCCAGCUCAGCGGCCUGGAGGCCUCGCUGUUACCAUGAGACGUUUUUCUUCGCCUUAUAUUCUCACUGCCUCCUUGGAUCCCUGGUUCCUGUGGGGCUCUGCAGAGCUGGCCUUGGCUCUUCCAGCGGGAGGACUGGCCCCAGCAAUCCCUGUCCUGCUUUCUCCUGCCUCUUUCCCUGGCAACUGCAGGUGCCAAAAUCACUGCCAGAUGGGCUGGUAUAAUAGCUGGGGCCGGUCCGCCGCCUCCUGGUUGCUGGGGAGUGAAAGGGAAGGGCUGAGCUGCCCUAGGCCUGCCCUGCGGAGACUCCUUCCUGGCUGGAUGAAGGCCUGGUUGCCAGCACCCUGCUCCUGUCCUCCCCUCCGUGGGCUCAGCCUUGGGUAUUUCCACAGCUAAGGAAUGACAGGCUGGUCUGCCUCCUGGUUCUGCCUCCUCCUCUUGCACACGUCCUGGUCAGCCUUUCCCAAGUGGUACUGCCCCAGGGUGUUCUAACCUCCUGGUUCUUCCAGGACUGGCAGCUUGGAUGACAUGGCUGAGUCCCAGCAUCCAUUCGACAUGGACACCCCCACUCCCUGCCCCCAAGAGGCCCCUAGUGUCUGGUUGGACCAUGAUAAGCAGUCAGCCUCCAUCCUAGGCCUAAGGUUCUUGCGCACAUGUCUGUUGCAGAGUCACACUGGUCCCUGCUCUGGCCAGAGGUGACUCUGCCUCAGGAACUGUGGUGGCUCCUUCCUCCUGCUGGGGACUCCUGGACGGACUGGGCAGAGAUUUUGCUAGUUACUUGGCCUCUACCAUCGAGUUCCAGCAACCUCCCCGAGGGAGCCCAGGGCCCCAGAAAACAGACCCCAGUGAUGGCUGUCCCUCAUUCCAGCUGUGCGCUUUAGAAUUACACUCCUUCCUGGUGAACCCUGGGGACCCCCCCUUUCCUGAAGCCUUGGCCCGUGCCUGUACUGUGGAGGUCCUCACUGAGCAGCCCAGCUCCACCUGGGAGCCGGGUGGGGCCUGUGCCCUGACCUCACUGGACUCUCCCCCCAGGGCACUGGCCUGUUAGGACUGGUGUGGCUGCUGCUUCUGUCAGUCCCUGUGUCUGUAGCUUGGGCCCAGACCUCUGCUUUCUGUCCUCUGUAUAUCAGGUGUUGUUCACAGCCCCAUUUACUGGGGAGCCUGUGGAUCUAUUUGGUCUUUCCCCGGUCCCCUGCCCCACUGGUAUGUACCUGCGGGGGGACGGUGGGGGGGAGGGCUUGUACUGUGAAUCAAGUGUUCACAUUCACACUUAAUGACUUCCUUGGCACCAAUCAUGUAUUUUACCUUUGCACUUUUUGUAUUUCAAUAAAAACGGAGAUGGAAACUGCC